UCCACUUUGAAUGACCACGCUCAAGUCCACCUUUCUCUUCAUGUCGACGUCCCUGGAAUCGGUCACACGGAUGCCAUGGUUACUUCUGCCACGCUCUUACAGGUGAACAAGGUGAUGUCCAUCUUGUUUUAUGUGAUAUUCCUCGCUUAUCUCCGGGGCAUCCAAGGUAACAACAUGGAUCCAAGGAGUCUGCCCGAAGACUCACUCAACUCCCUCAUCAUCAAGCUGAUCCAGGCCGAUAUCUUGAAAAACAAGCUCUCCAAGCAGAUGGUGGGUGUGCAGGAAAGCUACCAGAGCCCCCUAGCCAAGGCUGAAGCCCCGGCAAGGAGGCCAAGGGAGACAGAGCAGGGUGAGCCCUCCAAGUCCGAGUUCCAGCCCAUGAUUGCCAUGGAUACUGAGUUGCUGCGGCAACAGAGACGCUACAACUCCCCGAGAGUGCUGCUGAGUGACAGCACGCCACUGGAGCCCCCUCCCCUGUACCUCAUGGAGGAUUAUGUGGGCAAUCCCGCAGGGGCCAACAGGACGUCAUCAUCGUCGUCGUCAUCAUCCUCGUCGUCUUCAUCUUCGUCUUCAUCAUCACGGAGGAAGCGCUAUGCUGAGCACAAGAGCCAUCGAGGGGAGUACUCUGUGUGUGACAGCGAGAGCCUCUGGGUGACAGACAAGUCAUCGGCCAUUGACAUUCGGGGACACCAGGUCACGGUGCUGGGGGAGAUCAAAACAGGCAACUCCCCGGUUAAACAAUACUUUUAUGAGACGCGAUGUAAAGAGGCCAGGCCUGUGAAAAACGGCUGCCGGGGCAUCGACGACAAACACUGGAACUCACAGUGCAAGACUUCGCAGACAUAUGUGCGAGCACUGACAUCGGAGAACAACAAACUCGUGGGCUGGCGAUGGAUACGGAUAGACACGUCCUGUGUGUGUGCCUUGUCACGCAAAAUUGGGAGAACAUGA